AUGCGCAUGCGCAUUUGAGAGCCAGGCAGCCCGCGCCGGUGGUGAAUGCAACCGAGAGAAAUUCAACUGCGUGAUCUGUGAAGCAGGCAGGCGGAGGUACCUGUUCUCGGAACGAUUACGCCUCUUAUUCUAUACCCAACCAGACACAACGUGAUUGGGGAACAGGAAGAGAGCCUUGAUGUGUGCAGUAUGAGUAAGACGCCCCCUAACAGAAGAGGGAUAACAUUUGAGGUGGGAGCUCAGCUUGAGGCCAGAGAUAGCCUCAAACACUGGUAUGCUGCCAACAUUGAAAAGAUUGAUUACGACAAUGAGAAAGUACUAAUUCAUUACCGUCAGUGGAGCCACCGUUACGACGAGUGGUUUGACUGGACAAGUCCUUACUUGAGACCCGUGGAGAGGGUCCAGCUGAGGCGUCAAGGCCUGCAGGACGACGCUCCUGUGCCCGGUUUUCAAGUGAAUGAUAAGGUCCUGGCAAGCUGGUCUGACUGCCGUUUCUAUCCUGCUAAAGUCAUCUCAGUCAAUAAAGAUGCAUCGUACACGGUGAGGUUCUUUGAUGGCGUCAUCCAGACAGUGAAGGGAAUACACGUGAAACCUUUUAUUAAAGAGAGAGGUGCAGGGAAACCUCGGAGUUUGGAAAGAAAUAUGGUUAGGAGAGUGGCGAACCGCAGGAGGCCCCAGGUGAACGGCGAUCCCAGGACCAAGCGGGCCCGACGCAGCACCUCAGACCAGGAGGAUGAGAGUAACAGUGAAGACGACGAGCACGAAGCGAGAAUGGUGAACAGGAAAAACAAGAGAGCAAACGGUAAAAUGGAGCCCUCGCCUGCUCUGAAACAGGCAGAGGAAAAAAUAGUGCAGGCGGACCAGAAGAAGCCCAGUGAUGCUGAAGCAGGCAGUCGACUUCCAAAUGGAGCCAAUGACUGUCAUACGCAAAAUGAUGAACAACUACAUGUGAAUGGAGAAGUGGAAAAGGAGGAAGUGGGAAGUGAAGCAGGUGCAACACAGCCAUAUCCUGACUCAGACAAGCCAUACACAGAGGUGCCCGAACAUGUAGAGCAAACGCCCACAGAAGCCGAUGGCGACGUGGAGCAGAAACCAAACAUCCAGCCGGAGAGCUCGCAGCCUGCAGUAGAAGUGGUGCUGCCUCCUCCUCAGCCUGUGAAGCCGGUGAGGAAGCAGGGUUUCCACAAUCCAAACAGAUUCAGCAGAGAACCACUGUACCGCGUGAUCAAAAACCAACCUCCUCCUGUACUCUCCAUCAACCUCGACCAUAACCCCUUCAAGUGUAGCGCCCCUGGCUGCAUAAAGUCCUUCCGUAAAGCUAAGCUGUUGCAUUACCAUAUGAAAUAUUACCAUGGCGAGGAGCAGCCUCUGGAGGCCGAGUGCAGCCCCACCAGGAGCAUCCAGACCAGGGCAUCGGAGAAACAGGCCACCGGCUCCAGUUUGGACGGCCCAAAGAGAAGGCGAACCAUUUCUGCUUCCAUGCUUGCUGCAGCAGCUACUCGAGGGGAGGUGAAGGCUGCAGGCAGACGCACAUCCGCUCCCUCUGCAAUCAGCACACACGGCCAUCAGCAGAGGGUGCUACUGAGGGAGAAAAGCAAGGAGAACCAGCUUGACCGAAAUGGAUGCCAGCAGGAUAAAUUGUCAGACAAGUGUGGCUUCGACAUCGGUCCCGUCAAAGAGAGGCCAAAAGAAAAACCCAAACAGAAGGACUUCCUUCGCAUUAAGCUAAAGAAGAGAAAGAAAAAGAAGAAAGUCCAGUCUGACUGCACAGGUAGUGAGGAGAAUAUUGACAUCUCAGUAUUGUGCCCUCCACCCAAAUUGAAAAUGCCACUCAAACAUCCCCCCUCACACAAUCACAAGGCUGAGGCCUACCGCAGCAGGCCUGGAUACAGCGACUCAAUGCAGAUAAAUGUGGAUGAUGAAGAUAGCUUAAGUGACUGGUCCACUGACAGCUGUGGGUGGAGCGAUGAGGACUAUGGGGUGGAUGUGACAACCCCACCCCAUAGCCUGGACUCUGGUGCUGUGAGCAACGACCAAGAGAUAGUACGAUGCAUCUGUGAGGUGGAAGAAGAGAAUGAUUUCAUGAUCCAGUGUGAAGAAUGUUUGUGCUGGCAGCAUGGCGCCUGCAUGGGCUUGCUGGAAGACAAUGUUCCAGAUAGAUACGCUUGUUAUAUUUGCAGAGACCCCCCAGGCCAGAGGCAGAGUCUGCGCUACUGGUAUGACCGUGAGUGGUUGAGCAGGGGCCACAUGUACGGCCUGUCCUUCUUGGAGGAAAACUACUCUCACCAGAACUCCAAGAAGAUCACUGCCACACACCAACUGCUGGGAGAUGUGCAUCAUGUGGUGGAGAUCCUCAAUGGACUGCAUCUGAAGAUGAACAUUUUACAGAACAACACGCAUCCUGACCUGAAGCUGUGGCGCCAACCCUGGAAGCGCAUUGCGAGGCCACCAGCUAACUCUGACUCUUUCCGCGGCAGCAACACAGCUCCUUCUCCCGUGACUCCUGAUGAGGACAUGAGUCGUGGCGAGAUUUUAAUGUCCAAUGCCCUGGAGAAGCUGAGCCGGGCUGCGGCCGCUGCCACCUCAUCUUCGUCGUCUUCAUCCUCCUCGUCCCCGUUCCCAUCAUUCCAGGACUCCUACAUCACCAGCGAGCACUGCUACCAAAAACCGUGGGCGUACUACCCGGCGGUGGAGCAGCGACUGGUUGUGGAGACCCGACAGGGCUCAGAGCUGGAGGACAGCAUGAGAAGCACCGAGGAGCUCCUGGAGCGAGAGCAGCGCUUUGGCAGCCUGCUGGACACGGACAAACCCAAAUCGGUCACAGUGAAAAACAAGGCUGUGACAGGGAGCUCUUGGUCUGAGGUGGAGCUGAAGAGGGAGGCUUGGCAUCACCCCGAGGAGACUGCGGGCAACAACAGACCACAGCAGCAGUGGCAGGUCAACUUGCUGGAUAACAUAGAUGCCGUUCAAGACGAGGUCUCGCACAGGAUGGACUUCAUCGAGCGCGAGUUGGACGUGCUGGAAAGCUGGUUGGACUACACCGGGGAGCUGGAGCCGCCCGAGCCGCUGGCCCGUCUGCCUCAGCUCAAACACCGCAUGAAACGGCUGAUGUCACAACUGGGAAAGGUGCAGCAGAUCGCCGUGUUUAGCUCCACAUGAGGGCGCCAGAGAACAUGCACGCGCAGGAUGGACUUUCACUAAAUUGUCAAGUGCAGGACUGGUUGUCCAGUAGUUGUCUCUGACCAGAGGUUUGCAGCCAUGUCUCCUGCUUUUAGGGCUCCUACGUGGUGAAUGGGAGACGGCGUAACACUGACACGCUUUCACAAACGAGUAAGGGAAAGUCAGCAUUAGAAAUCAGGAUUAAACACAAUGAGCAGCCUCGUCAGGUCCUUCGGUUCCCAUGCAGCCUGAUGAAAAGCCUUUGGUCUUGCAUUCAGCUAAAGGUUGGUCUGUACUUACAGACAAGCAGUUAAGUUCCACAAUGAAUAUGAAAAUGUUUUGAACAAGUGUCUACAAUGUGUUAGUUUCCCUUAUUGUAUCUUCAAAACCAGGCCUGAUGACACCUGAUAUGUAACGGCACUUUACAGUCUUGACAAACUCUUCCAUCUGUUUUCCACUUCCUGGAUUGUUUUGGUUUUCGUCUGCACUGUGAAGUUAUUUUUGUAUCUUUUUGAAAUGGUGACAAGCGUGUGUUCUGUUUCUGUCUUAACUGUAGCGUCCCUGCAGUUUCGUCAUGUCUGUCUUCUGCCUUUCAAUUCCAGUAUUCCUUCAUACGAUUGUUUGGUUACAAUUGCUGCUGUAGCACUUAAUUCCUCACCCAAAACUGUCUCCCUCCUUCAGUUGCAUCGUGUGCUUUUGCUGUUUGACAACCUGAAAAUGUCUUGUUCUUCUUUUCUUGAAUUUAGUUUCACCCGUUAAUUGACAAUACGCUGGUUGGUUGUAAAUAUGUUGAUUGAAAUAUGCCCUUUCCUGAAAACCUUGUCCAAAUCCAGAUGUGGUAUGCUACUGUGCUAUCUGACGUAGAGCAGGGACAAUGUCAACACUUUGGCUGGUACACAAAUAAACUAUCAUCAUUCAUCAUAAUGUGAAGUCUCCGCUUUAGCAUUCUGGGGGUUUAAAGGAAAGUGUUUUUGUUGUUGUUCUGUUAUUUUAACACCCCCAUCCUUGUCUUCAGGCUACUGUCACAAAUUGGAAGUUGCAUCAUUUGCAAUUUGAUGUAACGUGUUUUCUCAGCCGAUUUGGGCUCUUACACAAUCGGAUCAAAAUGGGGGCCAGCGGUCUGUGACUAAAUGUUUCCUGAGCUGGAGAAUAAACAACAGGGCUGAUUCCCUUUCCUGAUGGCGUGC